CGUCAGAGCCGAUUUCAUUUACCGGUCUAAGCAGUGUAUCUUGACGGUCAGCUAAUCUGCCACCAUGAGAGUUCUGGUCUGCUUGAUGCUGGUCUCGAUGGCCUUCGCCGUCGAAGACAAAGCCGUGAAGAAGCGAGGCCUUGGACUCGACCUGGGACACGGAGGAUGGGAUGCCGGCUAUGGAUAUGGCGGAUACGGUGGAUAUGGACACGGACACGGUCACAUCCAAACCGUUGCCAUCCAAAAGACUGUCGCCGUUCCAGUGGCUCAUCCCUACCCCGUCGACAGGCCCUAUCCUGUUCAUGUCAAGGUACCAGUCGCCCACCCUGUGCCUGUACCUGUACCGGCUCCCUACCCAGUGGUCCACACCAAAACCGUCCACGUCCCUGUCGACAGGCCGUACCCAGUCCCCGUAAAGGUAGCCGUUCCAGCCCCUUACCCCGUGAAGGUGCCAGUACCAGCCCCCUACCCCGUCAAGGUACAUUCCCCAGUUCCCGUCGCCGUCCCGCACCCAGUUCCCGUCUACGUAAAGCAGACAGUCCCGGUCUAUGUUGGUCACGGAGGCCAUGGUGGUUACGGUGGCGCUUACGAGGGAUAUGGCCACGGCUGGUAGGAGGGAACAGGACGACAGUCCGAAACACCGUUAUCACGAAUGAAAACUUCGUCGUUAACAGAAGCGUAGAGAUCACUGUAGCCUGUUCACCAAAAUCGUAUACCAUAACGCGAAAGAGUUCGCGUGAUGAAUCAAUUUUUUAAUGUUUCAUUGAAGAUAAUAAAAUUUUUAUAAAUA